CCACCCCAUCGCCUCCUUCGCUUUCUCUCUAAAGCUCUCGGAGGCUUCUUCUCGUCACUUUCCCGGGAAUAUAGCCUACGAGAACAUUUUAGAGAAAAUAAUAUUAAGUCCUUGCAAUGGGCCGGAACUCAUUGUCUCCUCCAGCUAUCCUCGACGACAGUGGCGGUGCCGACGGUACCGAUCUCUGUUUCCUCUCUAUUCGCGAUCGUUUUCCUCUCAAGCGGAACCCUUAUCCUAGCCACCAGAAAGACCCAGGCAGGGGGGGCUUCACGUAUCGACAACCGUUCCUCCGCCCCACGCUGAGAUCGCACCACCUCUUCUAUCGCAAGGGCUUGCUGUGGCUUUUUCCCUUCAAAGGAAAGUCGUCGUUCUACGUGGUCCUCAUUUUCGCGCUCUUUUUGUUCGCGGUGGCCACGUUGGUGUUGCAGAGCUCCAUGACAUUGGCCUUCAGGCAAGGGAGCGAGAGAGGGCGCUUGCCCAGGAAAGGCUUGAAGUUUGGGAGCACCUUGAGGUUUGUGCCUGGGAGGGUUUCGAGAAGGUUCGUGGAGGGUGAUGGGCUUGAUCGGGCUCGAAAGGAGGCGAGGAUUGGUGUUCGCCCCCCGAGGCUCGCUCUUAUUUUUUCUGCAGCGAAUGGUAAAGCACAUAAAAUGUGGGAGCAACUUGGUGGCCAGAUUUCGGUUCUAGCUCCGGAGUGUUAUGGGCUUGUUGAU